AGUGCUAGUCGGAGAAACAACACUGAGUGUACAGGUUCCAGUCUCUAAUGUGAAAAUAACCACCAGCAGCACAGACUUAAUGGAGUUCAGCUCUGUCCGUCUGUCCUGCUCCUCCUCUGGAUCCUCUCCAUCUUUCCACUGGUUUAACGACAGCUCUGAGGUUACAGCAGACAGAGUUCAGAUCACUGAUGGAGGAUCCACUAUGACUAUAGUCAAUGUGACCCGCUAUGACCAGGGACCAUUCAGGUGUUCUGUGUCCAAUCUGGUCAGUAAUGGAACCAGUGAUCCAGUAACCUUCACCAUCAGCUAUGGACCCUAUAAUGUCAAAAUCAGCGGUCCAACAAAGUUAGAAAAGGGAAAGAACUUGGAAUUAAAGUGCAUUGCUGAGUCUGUACCAUAUGCAAAUUACACCUGGAUAAGAGACGGGGAAAGAAUUCUCAACAAUUCUGACAUGUUCAUUAAACAAAAUGUUCAGACAAGUGCCACCUACACCUGUGAAGCAAAGAACAGUGUGACGGGCAGAUUGGCAUAUGGAGAGCACCAUUUGACUGUUAAAGUUUCACCAGGCAAGUCUCCACUUUACAGUAUUGGAAUAGUUGUCGCAUGUCUACUGGUUGUCAGCAUUUCUGUUGGAGUGGCCUACGUUUGCAUAAAAAAAAAAAAGAAGAACAAAGCUCGGUCACCUGCAGGUAAAGAAUGAUGCAUGAAUGACAACUCCUCCCCUACAAAUAAACGGCACAAUUCCCUUUUGCUUCAACAUCACCAGAAAAUAAGAAAACUCACCAUCUCUACAAGGAACAAAGACAGAUGACUGUUGUGAUUAAGACUGGUUAUAAGAAUAAGAAUAAGAAUAAGAAUAAGAAAAAGAAUAAGAAUAAGAAGAAUAAGAAGAAUAAGAAUAGUUUUUAUACACUUUAAGUUAACAGAUGCUUUGCUUUUUGAUAGUACAAUGCAACUUUAUAGCAGCACUCCAUUAUGUUCAAUAGUUAGAUGUUAAUUUGGGGAGGCAACAUAUUAUCACUGUCACAAAAAUGAUGUUGUAAAUUAUUGCUUGAUGCAAG